UAAAUAAAUUUGCUCAAACUUGUACAUUCAACUCUCUUACAGCCUUUCAAAACAAGCAAAAAAAAUGGAAGCUUUAACAGCUUCCUUAUUCCCUGCACUUCAGAAGUCAACUACUUCACUUAACAAACUUCAACAACUCACAAAACCGGUGUUGACCACUUCACCAUUCUCAAUAACUCGCAAAAACUUGCCAUCAAAAUCAAAACUUUACACAACCCUUUCAUCGUCAGCGGCAGCAACAACAGUUUCAGCUGAUGUUGAUGUUGAUGAGCUUGAAACUGGAGAGAAAUUUGACUGGUUUGCGCAGUGGUAUCCCGUGAUGCCAGUGUGUGACUUGGACAAGAGAGUGCCACAUGCUAAGAGGGUUUUGGGGCUUGAUGUGGUGGUGUGGUGGGAUAAGAAUGAGAGUGGAUGGAGAGUUUUUGACGACUCGUGUCCUCAUAGAUUGGCUCCUUUGUCAGAAGGGAGGAUCGAUCAGUGGGGCAGGUUGCAAUGUGUGUACCAUGGUUGGUGUUUCAACGGCUCUGGUGACUGUAAAUUCAUCCCCCAGGCUCCCCCUGAUGGCCCUCCGGUUCACACAUUCAAGAAAGCAUGUGUAAAUGCUUAUCCAAGCACUGUGCAGAAUGGUAUUGUGUGGUUUUGGCCAAACUCUGAACCACAAUACAAAGAUAUUCUGCUGAAGAAAAAACCUCCAAACAUGCCAGAAAUGGAUGACCCUUCAUACACCAAAUCAAUUGGAAAUAGAGACAUGCCUUACGGGUAUGAGGUCUUAAUUGAAAAUCUAAUGGACCCGGCUCAUGUGCCAUAUGCACAUUAUAAGAUAAUGAGAAUUCCACAAGCCAAAGACAGAGUUAAGGCUGAUAAAGAAGGAGGUGUGCCGAUUGAAAUGAGCGCACAAGGCUUAGGAAUAAGCGGUUUCACUUCAAAGCGUGCAUGGGGUGGUAGCAAAUUCAUCGCUCCUUGUGUUUAUUACGCUUUUCCUGAAGUUGUUACAGAUGAAGGUAGUGUACCUGAUGGAAGAAAUGGCUCAGCGUCACCAGCAGAAAACAAAAAAGAGCCUCCUGUGCAACGAAGGGUUGUUCUAAUCUUUAUCUGUGUUCCAGUUAGCCCAGGGAAAAGCAGAGUAAUAUGGUGCUUUCCAAGAAAUUUUGCAGUUUGGAUUGACCGAAUUUUUCCUAGAUGGAUAUUUCAUUUGAACCAAAAUCUUGUUCUUGAUUCAGAUUUGUACUUUCUUCAUUUGGAGGAGCGCAAGAUAAUGGCUGUAGGCCCUUCAAAUUGGCAAAAGGCUUGUUUUGUGCCAACAAAAUCCGAUGCCAAUGUGGUUGCUUUCAGAAAAUGGUUGAACAAGUACUCAGGUGGUCAAAUUAACUGGGGAGAUAAGUUCAAAUUCGAUCUUGCCCUUCCCCCCAUUCCCAAAGAGCAACUAAUGGAUAGGUACUGGUCUCAUGUGGUGAAUUGUCGCAGCUGUAGCGUGGCGCAUAAAGGUCUUGGUUUACUUGAGGUUGCACUGCAGGUCGUGUCCAUAAUUUCCAUAGGGGUCGUCGCUGCAACUAAGCACAAGAUGCCAGCAACUGCUAGGAUCACAUUGGUUUCCACGGCGAUACUUUGCUUUGCUGCUUCAAAAUGGCUGUCCCAUUUCAUUUACAAAAAUUUUCAUUUCCAUGAUUAUAACCAUGCCCUUGUUGAGUGAAACCAGUGUACCAUUAGAAGGUCUUUCAGUAGGACAAACGUAUAUGUAACCAUCCAAUCACGAGCUGACAUGAUGCGCACCUGUACACGAAACCAUUCAUAUUUGAUGGCCUAUUUGUGUAUAGUAUAUAAAAAGGCAAUACAAGUAUGCUCUUGACGCAAAA